UCUCAUAUGAGCUCCAAAGAUACAAAACUGUCCACGCACAAUUGAGAAAAUCUCAACAACCAAGGACUUGUUCAGUGGUCUCUUGCUCCAACCAUUUAAAAUCAAGGAUCACAUCAUCUGUGACCAUCUCAAACUAGGACUCUUCAAAUUUGACUCAGAAUUAGCCAAUUUUCUAUUUAAAUCUAUAUCUAUUACAAUGGGACGUCCACCGACAAGAGCUAGUGGUGUGAAGGCUUUGCAAGCCAUCAAGGAGAGCAGUGGAGUUGGAAGAACCAAGAAAGUCAGCGUAAACUCGGAGAACCCGUCCUGUCAGCCUGUGGGUGUGAAGCGCUCAUCCUCACCUGGAUCUAUUGUUUUGCCAUCAGCAAAGAGAAAUGCCUUGGGAGAUGUGACAAAUGCUGGAGUGAGGGUGUCAGUGCCGGCAUCAAAACCAGCUGGUGUGAGAAAGAGUGACAGACAGCAGAGCCUAAAGAAGACCAAGGAGAUCUCUAAAACUGUCAAACUAGAACCAGACCUCGACGUGUCACUAGAAGCCUUACAAACAAGCAGCACUCUCCCCAAGGACACCCCAGUAACACAGGUGCAGAAUUUCCUUAAGGCCACCACCCUCCACGACCUCAGUCUACAAUCAGAGGAGACCCUCUCUUCACCAGAGGCCAGCUCACAGGAACCCCCUACACAGCUAUGGAGAGACAUUGACCAGGCUGAAGCCAAGGACCCACUGUUUUCUGCUCAGUACGCUCCAUACAUAUAUGCCUACAUGAGACAAAGAGAGGAGCACUUUGCAGUGGCGCCAUACAUGGAAAGACAGGGUGACAUCCACGCUCAGAUGAGAACCAUCCUAGUGGACUGGCUUAUUGAGGUCCAGGAAAACUUUGAGCUGUUCCACGAAACCCUCUACCUGGCAGUAAAGAUCGUUGACCUCUACCUAUCCAAAAAGGACGUGAAGAGAGAGUACCUACAGCUGGUGGGGGCCACCUCCAUGCUCCUAGCUGCUAAGUUUGAGGAACUGACCCCUCCACUUGUGGAUGACUUCCUGUACCUCUGUGAUGAUGCCUACACACAUGAUGAGCUGCUCAAAAUGGAACAAGACAUCUUCAAGACAGUCCACUAUGACAUCAACAUUCCAGUGGCCUACAGGUUCCUAAGAAGACUGGCAAAGGCUGCAGAGGCUACCAUGGAAACCCACACCCUGGCCAGAUACAUCAGUGAGAGCACUCUACAAGAUUACCAGUUUGUGGUGGAAAAACCCUCAAUGGUGGCAGCUGCUUCAAUGUACCUUGCCCUCAGAAUGAAGAGUCUUGGAGGAUGGAACCCUACUCUUCAGCAUUACAGUGGCUACACAGUUGAGCAGAUGCUACCCUUUGUGACAAGGCUAAACACACUUAUUCAGACCCCUCUGGGCAACACCUGCACUGUCCGCAGCAAAUACUCACACGAUGUGUUUUUUAAUGUGGCCACCACUCCUGCACUGCAAGAUGUUACCAUGGAUGCAGAAAAAGCUCUGGCUGAAUGUCCCACAGUCGUGGAAUCAAGCUAAUGCGUACUGUCUACACUCAAACUAGUCCCGUGAACUUUGCACUUUUGUAAUUGUAGCUCUUUUGUUGUGUUUACUAGGUUUUUAUUAUUUCUUUGACUGUUUUACAUGUUCUGCAACCACCUUUCCACCUUCAUUGCAAAGUUGUACAUGUUUGUCUUCACACAGAAGAAUAUAAUUAUUACUUGCUGACAAAAA